CAUUUAUUCUUCUCUUGCUGCUGCGCUAGCUGCCAGGUGGGACUACAGUGGUAGUUAUUGCUGACUGCCUUCGCGCCCGACGGCCAGAUCGGGCCGGACCUGUCGGGGAAUUGCUUGAUCGCCUGCUUGCUUGAUUUGGUUGAUUUGAUGUUAGGAACGGAGAAUUUCCCUGCUGUCUCGAUUGCAUUCCCAUCUUCCAUUUCUGUCGGAAUCUAUUCUCUUGUCAUCCUUCCUCAUCUCUUCUCCCCCUCCCCCUUGCUGCCUCUUCGACCCUGAAUUGACGGCUUUCGUCACUUGACAGCAAUAACAGAGAGACUCGUCUUGAUUCCACCCCUCCCUUCCCCUCCUUGCUCUAUCUGGCUCGGCAGUCUCCCUGUCCUCACGCUCGCCCUUCAUUGACUGCGCUGAAAUUUACUACGCCUACUGUGUUCGCCGCCUGUCAGCCAUUUCAACUCGCUCGCCAUUUGUAUGGAUUGGGCGACGUAGUGGCCGUGUGUCAUGUCCGUCAACCCUCUCCCCUCUCGACCUUCCUCGACGCUUCGUCGAAAUAGCAGCUCCCUUCUAGCCAAAUUCCGUUCCCAAAUCAGCCCUCGCAAUCGCAGCAUCACCGACUUUUACAUUGAGCCCGACGACCCCUGGCGUUCCUAUUUCCCUGGUGACACCAUCACCGGGACGGUCGUGCUGACCGUUGUUCGGCCUGUUCGCAUCACACAUCUCGUUGUCUGUCUGCAUGGCUAUGUUAAAGUAUUCAAGAAUACCAUUCCGACGGGGGAGUCAUCACCGGAGUUGGGCUUCUUGGGUCCCGGACGCGGGCGUCGUGGGGCGGAAUAUUUGGGGAAUGGCUUGUCAACCUUGUUUGAGGACGAAGUUGUCUUGUGCGGAGAGGGUCGUCUCAAGGAAGGAGUUUAUAAGUUUCGAUUUGAGAUGUCCUUUCCACCAUAUGCGCUACCCAGCAGCAUCAACUUCGAACGAGGAACCAUCUCCUAUAUGCUUACAUCCACCCUAACCAAGCCGACUACCAUCAACCCGACCUCGACCUGCCGACGACGCGUCACUGUGUUGGAGAAUAUUGAUAUUGCCCCUUUUCCUCGCCCGAAACCUCGAAUUGUCACCCUUGAGCCCGUCUCUCGACGCGCCAAGUCUAAAGCGAAGGCUAAGUCAGCAGGAUCUGACGCGCCCGACACUCAAUCACUCGAGCCCCCGGAGAAUGGUGAAAGCGCGACCGACAACCGUCCCCCGCUCAGUCCGGCACCGAGCAACGUCAGUUCAUCGAGUCGACCGAGCAACAGCAGCCAGAGCUUUCGAGUCCCCAGUGACCCGAGCUCUUCAACUAGUGCCGGAAUGCGAAAUAGUGAGGCUCGAAGCAUUACGCCAUCAGUGACAGAUGGAACCAUCACCGCCAAGGCCGAGGUUUUGCGCGCGGGCGUGCUGCCAGGAGAUACUCUCCCUAUCAUGGUGACAAUAAACCAUUGUAAACAAGUGCGCAGUGCGCAUGGCAUCAUCGUAACUCUAUACCGCCAGGGGCGGAUAGAUCUGCAUCCGGCAAUCCCUAUGGGCAAACCCGAUGGCAAGAAACCCGUUUAUGAGGACUACUACCCCCGCUCGCGGACGGGUCUUGGGGGUCUUACGCUCGGCUCCAGUCGCACCAUGGGGGUUUUCAGAAAGGACCUGACGCAGACCUUUGCACCGCUUAUUGUGGACCCGGUGACCAUGACGGCGGUGAUCAAGACCUCGAUUCGCGUCCCGGAAGACACUUUCCCCACCAUCACGCGCACUCCAGGAAGUAUGAUAAAUUUUCGGUACUAUGUCGAGGUUGUGGUGGAUCUCCGGGGCAAGCUCACUUCCCCGGACCGUUUUCUGCCGCGGUUCAACAUGGUCACCUCGGGCGGUAAUUACUCGCCCAGUGGACAGGUGCUGAACCCGACCGACGUCAACAAUAGUGCCAUUACAGCCAAUUGGUCGGGUAACAUUUUGGAUACGGACCAUAUUCGUCGCGAGAAGGGUGUUGUAGCAGUCGUUUUUGAGGUGGUGAUUGGCACGCGGGAUUCGCAACGAGGAGUCAAACCUGUGGAAUCUGCAUCUUCGAUGAUAGUGGGACCCGACGAAGCUUCGCAGGGCAGUUCCGUCACUGAGCGAGAUGCGUGGCCAAGCGAGCCCAAUUCGCAAAGCAACGGUGAUGCAGAGUUUCAUGAAGAGCAGGCGUAUCCCUAUGAUCCGUCGCACUGGCCUGAGUAUCCGGGUCAAGGCUAUGCGGACGAGCCGCAGUCGUAUCAAUCGCUGGGGGAGGUGGUCUCCACCCCGUUCGCGGAGGAGCCGUUGGAUGAAAAGACGCGGCUACAGCGUGCUGAGCAGAUGCUUCUCCCUAGCCAACCUGCCGCUGAUGAUCCAGGAGUUGGGUCUUCGGACAUGGCAGUGCCCACGGCUCCAGUACUACCAGAAGACGAUCACCUCCAGGACUACCAUCAUUUACCCUCCCCGGUCGGAAAUGGGACCCCUCGUCCGGCUAUUUCAGCCGCGUCAAUGCAGACGGUCGUGCCGGGCAGUAGUGCGAUGGCUGCCCAUGAGGCGACGCAGAGGGAGGAUGAUAAACAAGAGCUGGAGCGACGGCGACUGAUGGCUCAAGCCAGCGCACCCGAGGAAUUGGAUGUAGCUCCAGCUGAGUCGGGCGAUGUCCCCACGGCUCCGGUUUUCCAUGAUGAUGAGGACCAUCACUUGGUGGGUGGUAUGGCACAUGGCGACGAGUCAUUGCCGCGAUAUCAGCGAUGACCGAAUUAACUUAGGGGGCAUGCUUCUAUUGUUUCAUUUUCUGAUCAACUCUAUUGCAUUGCGAGGCUACCGGGAG